CUAUGGUGAUUUGUAAUUGGUAAAUCGCGAAGAGGACGGUGUCGGUGAGCUUUUUGGUUAAACAUUGAACAAAAAAUAACGUUUUCCACGCAUUGCUCAAAUUAUUGAUGAUAUUUAAAUAUACAAAAAAUUUGGAAAUUAUCAAAUACCGACAAGAAAUAACAUAUAACUCACGAUGGCAGUGAAUGUGUACUCUACCAAUGUGACUUCGGAAAAUCUUUCACGACAUGAUAUGUUAGCGUGGGUGAACGAUGCACUACAGUCAAAUUUCGCCAAAAUUGAAGAAUUAUGUACAGGAGCCGCGUAUUGUCAAUUUAUGGACAUGUUAUUCCCUGGUAGUGUACCAAUGAAACGCAUCAAAUUUAAGACAAACCUGGAACAUGAAUAUAUACAGAACUUCAAAAUUUUACAAGCUGCAUUUAAAAAAAUGUCUGUGGAUAAGAUAGUACCUAUUGACAGACUGGUGAAGGGUCGGUUCCAAGAUAACUUUGAGUUCUUGCAAUGGUUCAAGAAAUUUUAUGACGCGAACUACAGCGGCGUGCCGUAUGAUGCGAUGGCGCAGCGCGAGGGCCUGCCCAUGGGCCACGGCUCGGCGGCCGGCGCGCCCCGCUCCGCGCCCGCCGUUAAGAAACCGGCCGCGCCCGUCGCUAAAGUCGCUGCUAGACCCCAAACCAUUGGGAAAGCAAACAGCACAGUGAGAUCUCCACCAGUUAAUUUAAGAUUGAAUCAAAAUGCAAAAGGUGAUUCUAAGAUUAUUGAAGAGCUUAACCUUCAGAUUAAUGAAUUGAAAGCAACAGUUGAAGGACUCGAGAAAGAGCGAGAUUUCUAUUUUGGUAAAUUGCGGGACAUAGAGGUUAUCUGCCAGGAAAUGGAAGAACAACACAAUGGUCCGAUCAUCCAAAAGAUUUUGGAUAUCUUAUAUGCAACUGAGGACGGAUUCGCGCCACCAGAGGACGUGGACGGAGACAAUCCCCACCCCCCAGAAGAAGACGAGUAUUGAGACGUAACGCGUAUCAUAGUGCUCUUUGUAUAUUAUCUCGAAAUUAUAUCGCUUCAAUCAUCGACAGCAUCGAGUGCUUGGUAUUUCACAGCCAUUCUAUUUAAACCAUGUAAGAAGGCCUUCGCACACGGUUUGUGACAUUCUAAAGAUCAUAUAUCAUAGCAUUAAAUUUUCAAUCACAUAGUUCUAUUACAUUUCAAGUGACGUAGAUAUGUAGAGCUCGAUAUAUGUGAAUUGAUUUUAGAGUAUUGCACAUAAAAUGUAGUUUUCGACUGAAGAUUUAUAACUUUUUGAUAAGGGGAUUAUGUAGUACUAAAUCUUGUUAUUGAUGAUCCAACCUCAUAGCACAUGUAAUUGUGUUUAUUGAGUUACUGACAUAACGGAUAUGGUAUGGUGAAUUAUCCUAUUUCUUAAAAAGUUUUAAGUGAAAACAAAUGUAGAUCUGGUCAUAUCAUGUGCGAGGGAACGAAUUAUAUAAUGUUAUUUAAAGUAAAUAUAGGAAGACAGUGGCCCGAAAAUGGCUUGCGAGAAGUUCCUAAAUUAUAUAUACUUACGCAAAUCUCUACCUACAAUUAUAUGUAUAAAUUCAUAACGAAAUAUUUAUAAAUAUGUUGUAUUAUAUGUGGCUGUGUCAUACUUAAGUGCGGAACAUAUAUCAUAUCGGAGCAUAAUUUCUCGACUGAUUUUCUUUUUUCCCGUAUGUUUUACUAUUUGCCUUUUCUCGUAAUAUGUUUGGACUCAAAUGUUUGUUAUGUGCAAUGGUGCAAAAACGAGUGUUCCAUGUAAUGUCUUGACUGGUUAUCAUUUUUGGGCCACUGGUGGCUGUUUAACGUGCAUUUAAUAGGUUGUUAUGAUAUGGAAGAGAUUUAAUGUUAAUUGUUAUAAGAUCAGUUUGGCUGACGAAUUAUUGGUCCACAAGUAAUGAUUUUAAUCAGAACAAUUUCGAUGAAAAUUUGGUUAUGAUAUAUUUGACAUUAUGUGUAUGGGACUUGUGCAUGUGUGCAUUUUUUGAUUACAUUUUUAUUUUUAUUAAAUAAAUUAUUCCUUUUUUUAACAUUUAAUUAUGAAAAAAUAAUAUAAAACUAAUUUCUAUGUCUCCAAUUGAAUCGAUCUAUAAACAGAAAAGCUAUGAUAAUUAAUGGUAUGCUUAAACCCAUACACAUCUUGACAAAUGUUGUAUUAUUUAAAAAGUGAUUUAUCUAGAUCUGAUUUUUUGUGUAAACGACGAUCAAGAUAAACGUUCGGAAUGAGUAUUAAUUUUGAAAUUAUGUGAAUAGCAUUUAAUAACGUUAUGUAGGGCCUUAUUAUGUGACCACACAUAGGAUAAUCAAUUGUGAGACUUUACAUUUUAUUUGCACUUAGACUAACAAUAGUAAUACUUUAUGUAAUAAACAGGACACUACAUUUUGAGUUAGUUUCUUGGCGCGAUGGGAACUUUUAGAUACAUACUAACGACAUAUUUGCGAAAAGUAUUCGCUGAAUAAACUGAAUAGAUUAAUUUAUAUACAACGUAAUAUGCAAAUUGCCUUACUGCAGAUAUUAAGCCACUGGAUUUUAAAUUGUAAAAAUCUUAUAAAUAAAAUAACUUCAUUUAA